GCCACCUCUCCCAGACCUACUGGCGUCUCUGCCAAGUGAGCGAUGGGCUUGGGGUCCGACUGUCUGCCUGCUUCUCCCUGAGUGGGACUGACAGCCACGCAGCUCUCUGUCUGCCUGCCUGCCUGUCUUUCUGUCUUUCUGUCUGCUGGUCUGUCUGUCUCUCAGCGUGUCUGCCUGGCUGGCCACCUGCCUGUCUGCUUGACUUCUCGUGUCUGCCCGCCUGCCUGACCAGCCCUUGUCUGCUGUCUGUCCAUCCCUGGUACAGCUGAUCAGUCCCUGCCCCUCAAUCUCCGUCUUCUGUCCGUGUGUGACCUCUCUGGGACGUGACUGACCGUUGCCUGUGCGUCCUCCUGGCUCUGUCUGUGAGGACCGCCUGCCUGGAGCCCGGCUGCUGACUGUCAGGGUGACAGGUCAUAGGCUUGUCUGGUGGGUGACUCGGGGCAGGUUGUAGCUUCCCAGCCCAGACCUCUGCCUGUCCCCGUCCCGCCACAUCUCCCACCCGACGCUGAGCCCAGCCGCAGCCUUGGAGUCCGAGAGACUGCCCCGCGCACAUGGAAUGGAUUUCUGAGGGAGCAGCUGGAACAGCAGGUUCCCGGGAGGCAGCAUGCUGCGUGGCUGGGCUAUCCCUUGGCUCCUGCUGAUGCUCCAGGGUGCCUGGGGCUGCUCAGACCUUGUCUGCUACACGGAUUACCUCCAGACGGUCACCUGUAUCCUGGAGACAUGGACCCUCCACCCUGGCACGCUCGUCCUCGCCUGGCAAGACCCGUACGGAGAACUGGAGGAUGAGGUCACCUCCUGCAGCCUCGGCCGCUCCGCCCACAAUGCCACGCACACAGAGUACACGUGUCACAUGGACGUGUUCCCCUUCAUGGCCGACGACAUCUUCACUGUCAACAUGACAGACCAGUCUGGCAACCACUCCCAGGAGUGCGGCAGCUUUGUCCUAGCGAAAAGCAUCAAGCCAUCUCCCCCUUUCAACGUGACCGUGACCUUCUCGGGACAUUACAACAUCUCCUGGAGCUCCAGUUACGAUUCCUACGGGCUGCAGGGCAAGCUUCAGUACGAGCUGCAGUACAAGAUGCGAGGAGAUCCCUGGGCUCUGAGGCCACAGAAAAGGCUGAUCUCGGUGGACUCGAGAAGCAUCUCCCUCGUUCCCUUGGAGUUCCGCGGAGACUCGAGCUACGAGCUGCAGGUGCGGGCAGGGCCCCAGCCUGGCUCCUCCUUUGAGGGGACGUGGAGCGAGUGGAGUGAGCCAGUCAUCUUUCAGACCCAGCCAGAAGGGAGCAAGGGAGGCUGGCACUCUGACCUGCUGUACCUCCUCCUGGUCCUCGUGCCCCCCAUCCUUGUCUUCUUAGGCCUGAAGAUCCACCUGCCUUGGAGGCUGUGGAAGAAGGUCUGGGUACAGGUGCCCAGCCCAGAGCGGUUCUUCCAGCCCCUGUACGUGGGCCACAGCGGAGACUUCAAGAAAUGGGUGGGCACGCCCAUCACCCCCUCCAGCCUGGAGCUGGGACUCUGGGCUGCGGGGACACCCUCGUCCCUGGAGGUGUACAGCUGCUGCCCACCACAGAGUGUGCCCAAGGGGCGGGAGCCCACGUCGCUGCCGGAGCUGGCAGACCUGGUAGAAGCCGACGGAGUGCAGGAGCCAGGCUCCUGGGGCCCGGCCCCCUCCAUGGCCAGCAGCUUGGGCAGUUCAACUUACAGCCAGGAGAGGGACCGACCAUACGGCCUGGUAUCCAUCGACACGGUGACCGUGGUGGACACAGAGGGGACGUGCGCCUGGCCCUGCACCUGUGGGGACGAUGGCUACCCAGCCCUGAACCUGGACACCAGCCUGGAGCCUGGCGCAGGCACCGAGGACCCGCUCUUGAGCACGGGGGCCACAGUCCUGUCCUGCGGCUGUGUCUCGGCCGGUGGUCCUGCCGGGCUGGGGGGCAGCCUCCUUGACAGGCUAAAGCUGCCCCUUGAAGAUGAGGCAGGUUGGGUCCCAGGGUCGCCCUGGGGUGGCGGGCGGCGAGAGGUGUCCGACAGCGAGGCGGGCUCGCCCCCGGCCGGCCUGGACAUGGACACGUUCGACAGCGGCUUCGCGGGCUCAGACUGCGGCAGCCCUGUGGACUGUGACUUCACCAGCCCCAGGGAUGAGGGGCCCCCCCGCAGCUACCUCCGCCAGUGGGUGGUCACGGCCCCCUCUCCUGAAGGACCCGGACCCCAGGCCAGCUAGUGAGGCUGACUGGCUGUCCCGAGCCGGUCGUGCCCCUGGGCUGUGCUGUGCAGGGACCUGCAGGCUUUGGUCUCCGGAUGGGGCCCCUGAGCCCCGUGUUGACAGUGUGCAUGUGGGGCUCAGGCACACGCUGGCAUGUCUGCGUGUGUGAGCAGCGCACUGCCUAUGGACAUGGAGCAUGCCCGUGGUUAUGCCACGUGCCCAAGGCCACAUGUGGGUCUGUGCCUGUGUGAACUCCCAUGUACACAGAUGUGAGCGGCACGCACCCCUGUGUUCACACAACGACACCCUCCCUCCCUUCCGGGCACAUGGGAUGACCCCAGGUCACGUGCUGCCCACAGGGCCUGCUGGGCCCAGGGCACUGCCCGUGACAGACACCAAGCCCAGCCCUCCAGGUCCUGUGGCUCCAGGAGCUGCAAGAAGCCCAUACUGUUCCUUAUCACCUUUCAGGGGCAGGAGAAAGGGACGAAGUGAGCCCGUGGUGACCCUGGGUGUGGAAAGAUUUGGGGGCCCACGGACCUAGGUCUGAAUUUUGACUGUGACACCUCCUGGCUGUGCCCCUGUGGGCAAGUCGCUUCCCCACUCUGGGCUGGGAUUUCCUGUCUGGACAAUGGGGAUGGCGUGACCUACCUCGGGGGAGAAAUCGGCGAGGUCACCCAUGCACAGCGUGCAGCCCAGAGCAGACCCUCAAUAAACAUCAGCUUCCUUCCUUCUGUGACCAGGCCAGAGACUUGUGCUGGAGGUGGGUGGGGGCGAGAAACCAGCCACAGCGUGGGCGCCCGUGGGCCAUCCCGCCCUAGAGGGACACUUGGGGGGUUUCCGGGCUUAAAAUCAGUCAGCCUUACCUCUUAGAGAUGGCCCCCACCAACCAAGAUUUCUUUUUCUGGCUCCUGCUGCACAUGUUUUAAUUCCCUUUAUGUCCCUAAGAAAUAUUUAUGAGCACAAGUACGUGCUGGGCACUGUGCCGGUGCUACGGACACAGAGGGGAGCUCGACGCCCGCGCUAGCCUGCCCUUGGCAGCCAUGGGAGGCGGGGCAGACAGGAGUGGGCAGUAAUGACACAGCCCGCCCGUUCCCCUGGCCUCUUGUUUACUCGUCCUGGGAAAUUAGGAGGAAGUCAGGUUCUCGUUGAUGAUUUCUCAGACCUGCUGAAAUGUGAACUAAGAAGCUGAGAAAAU